CAGCGUUCGUUAACCUGGUCCCCAGUAUUACCGUGUUUCAAACCAACUGUGACAGACACUUCCAACAAUCAAAGGCUCUAUUUUCUUAUGUUAAUCUCCUGAUUAAGUACAUGCUUGUUUUGUGCUGAAACCAGGGCUUGCAGGUCCUGGAGCUAGCAUAUCUGACGAUUGUGUCGUCGCGAAGACGUUCUUUAUCAAUAGGACGAUCUUCAGUCCGUCGACACAUUCACAGAUAAGAUAGUUAUCUCACCGUCCAAAGGCUUUGUGUAGUCACUUUUUCACUAACGUUAUAGAAACUUAAUCCUAUCUAGAACAAAAAAUGCCGAUUGACUUGUAUUACAUGUCUCUGAGUGCCCCUUGUCGGGCAGUUUUGCUCACUGCCAAAAUGGUGGGUGUCGAACUAAACCUGAAAACCGUCAAUCUUAUGGGAGGAGAACAAAUGAAGCCCGAAUUCCUCAAAAUUAAUCCACAGCACACCGUUCCUACUUUGGAUGAUUCGGGAUUCGUUUUGACUGAAAGCCGCGCCAUUUGCGCUUAUUUAGCAAACAAGUACGGCAAAAACGACAAAUUGUAUCCCAAGUCGCCAAAAGAUCGCGCUGUAGUCGACCAGAGACUCUUCUUCGAUCUUGGUGUUUUCUACUCUUCGUUCUCCGAUUACUAUUAUCCAAUAAUAUUUCGUGGAGCCACGUCACUUGAUGACGGCAAGAAAAAGAAAUUGGACGAAGCUUUGAGAUUCUUUAACAUGUUCGUGUCAGACCGUGAUUUUGCUGCCGGAGAUCACUUGACAAUCGCGGAUCUUUCACUGAUGGCCUCUGCCUCUACUAUGGAGAGUGUGAAUCCAAAAAUUUUCGAUGACUACCCGAAGAUAAAAGAAUGGAUGGAACGAUGCAAAAACCAGAUUUCCGAUUAUCACGACCUUAAUCAAGUGGGUGCAGAAAUCUUUGGUCAAAUAGGUAAAAGUGCUCUGGCGAAAGUUCAGUAAAAAAGAAUGAAAAUACGGGGGGAAAAUGCUGAGAAGAAUUCUAUAAUUGGCCUUACACUUUGCGUCGCUUAGAAGUUUUGACUGGUGUACCACGUUAUAUUAUCAGCCAUUUGAGUUCCAACCCAGAGUUAAAUAAAUAUCAUGGACGAAUGGUCUCUCCGUCAA